AUGCAAACACGUUACGUAUAUAUAACUAGUCAACAUAUAGCAAUAUGUAAUUUAGUUGAUAAAAUUGGCAUUACACUUUACGAUUUAAAUAUUGACAAUUUAGAUGUUCAUGCAGAUCGUAAUACAUUUCAUCGAUUUGAUAAAUUCAAUGCCAAAUACAAUCCUAUUGGUCAAAGUCAAUUGCGUGAAGUAUUUUUGAAAACUGACAAUUAUAUUAAAGGCGUUUUCUUUGCACAUGUUUUAAAGGAAGUGUUUUAUGAUUUUUCUGAAUCAAAAUAUCAAAAUGCUGAACCACGUCUUUCACUCUAUGGUCGAUCUAUCAAUGAAUGGGAUAAUCUAGCGAAAUGGGCUAUUGAUUGUAAAGUUUACUCAGAUAAUAUACGUUGGUUGAUUCAAGUGCCUCGUCUAUUCGAUGUUUAUCAUGCUAAAGGAUCAAUGAAAUACUUUCAAGUAAAUUAA